GUCCGUCUCCUCUUCCGAUGCUUCCCCAUCCGAAUCCCACCACACCACACCAUCGCAGGGAGAAGCGGCGGCGGCGGCGGCGGCGAGGUCGAUGGCGACGACGGCGGGAUUCCUGGCGCGGCGGGCGGCGCAGAAGGAGCGGGUGCGGCUGCUCUACCGCCGCGCCCUCAGGGACACCCUCAACUGGGCCGUCCACCGCCACCUCUUCUACCAGGACGCGUCGGAUCUCAGGGACAAGUUCGAGGCCAACAGACAUGUGGAUAAUCCGGACGUGAUCGAUAGGCUUAUUGAUGACGCCGAAGCGCAGUACAGGAAUUUCCAGCAUCCCGAUCCCUACAUCGUCCCAUGGGCUCCUGGUGGCAGUAAAUUCACAAGGAACCCUCCUCCACCUAAAGGGAUUGAGAUUAUCUACAACUAUGGAAAAGAAGACUGAUAAACAAGAGUCUUGCUGCAUCUGGGAGCAGAACAUGGCAUCACCAUGGUGCAAAGAACUUACUUUCCCUUUUCCAGUUGAUAACGUGCAAUCGACCUGUUGUAUGAUCAAUAAGAAUGAAAUGCUACUGGUCUGUCACCUUCUUUGUUUUGUUUUUCAUCAGCUAGUGCAUUUUUACAUACACAUUGCUAUCGUUUCUCUUUCAGUUAAGCAUAAACUGCUGAGCCAGUUACGCUUCGAUUGAUCUAAUAUGUGGCAUUUGGUUUUCACCGUGA